UGCCCUACAAUCUCUCACCAUUUUCACCAUCUUCUUCACCCACUCUCUCUUUCUCUCUCUUCCCCUGCAACUCACGUCUGUCUGAGAGAAAACGAAAGACUCACUCUAUGUGAUAAUCAUAUCUCAGAGAUUCAAAGCAGACAAACAAAAAAGAAAAAGAAAAAGAGAGGAAAUAGAACUAAAUGUUCUUCGCCUUUUCUUUCCAUCGCCAUGUGAGUUCUGACACAUUCUAUUCUUCUUCUCGUGUUCUCUCUUUAAUUCAUAUUUCGCUGGUUUCUAUUGACUCACCAACUCGGUGAGUCAACUCAUGGCCUCGUCCUCACGUGCAAGGAGCAGCUCGCCAUUUUCGCACCGCAAACCCUCUACUCCUCACUCCUCAUCCUCAUCCACUUCUUCCGUCACCAACGGACGCGUAAUGCCUCGCUCCUGUUCUUCUUCCACGUCGUCGUUUUACAACUCCGGCGGCGGUGGCGGUCCGUCCAUGACUCCGAGUCGCGGUCGCAGCGAUUCAAUCGGCUAUGGUUACGGUAAUCCUUCGCCGGUGGAGUUCGGAAUGGAGGACGAGGUGAUCAUGGAGCCGGUGGAUCCUUCCAGGUCUCGGGAUAGCAUUUCGGUCACGAUUCGGUUCAGACCGUUGAGUGAAAGAGAGUACCAUAGAGGAGACGAGAUCGCGUGGUAUGCGGAUGGUGACAAGAUUGUGAGAAACGAGUAUAAUCCAGCUACUGCUUAUGCAUUUGAUAGAGUGUUCGGACCGCAUACAAAUUCCGACGAGGUGUACGAAGUAGCUGCCAAACCUGUUGUGAAGUCUGCCAUGGAUGGUGUAAACGGAACUGUGUUUGCAUACGGUGUGACGAGUAGUGGUAAGACACAUACUAUGCAUGGAGACCAGAAUUGUCCUGGUAUCAUACCGCUGGCUAUCAAAGAUGUUUUCAGCAUUAUCCAAGAUACUCCAGGAAGAGAGUUCUUACUCCGAGUUUCCUAUCUAGAAAUAUAUAAUGAGGUGAUAAAUGAUUUGCUCGACCCUACUGGCCAAAAUUUACGUGUUAGAGAAGAUGCACAGGGAACUUAUGUGGAGGGUAUAAAGGAAGAAGUUGUUUUGUCACCUGGACAUGCCCUUUCCUUUAUUGCUGCUGGGGAAGAGCAUCGUCAUGUUGGAUCAAAUAAUUUUAAUCUUUUCAGCAGCCGAAGUCACACAAUUUUUACACUUAUGAUUGAAAGCAGUGCCCACGGUGAAGAUUAUGAUGGAGUGGUCUUCUCUCAGCUUAACUUGAUCGAUCUUGCGGGAUCCGAGAGCUCAAAAACUGAAACUACUGGAUUAAGAAGAAAAGAAGGAUCUUACAUAAACAAAAGUCUUCUGACACUUGGAACAGUUAUUGGAAAAUUAAGUGAAGGGAAAGCAUCUCAUGUUCCAUAUCGUGACUCAAAGCUUACUCGCCUCCUGCAGUCUUCGCUUAGUGGGCAUGGCCAUGUUUCGCUUAUUUGCACCGUAACUCCAGCAUCCAGUAAUAUGGAAGAAACUCAUAAUACCUUGAAGUUUGCUAGCAGGGCAAAGAGAGUAGAGAUAUAUGCCUCACGUAAUAAGAUUAUUGACGAAAAAUCUCUAAUUAAGAAAUACCAGAGAGAAAUUUCUGUCCUUAAACAUGAACUUGAUCAGCUUAAGAAGGGAAUGCAACUUGGUGUUAAUCACGAGGAGAUCAUGAGCUUAAAACAAAAGUUGGAAGAAGGUCAAGUUAAAAUGCAGUCAAGAUUGGAAGAAGAGGAAGAAGCGAAGGUUGCUCUUAUGAGUCGGAUCCAGAAGCUAACAAAGCUCAUUCUGGUUUCAUCAAAGAAUGCAAUUCCGGGAUAUGUAACUGAAGCUACCAGUCACCAUCAGAGUCACUCUGUUGGUGAGGAUGAUAAUUAUGAUGCCCUACGUGAUGGAUCACUUUUGAUUGAAAGUGAGAGUCAAAAAGAUGUUUCCACUGUGUCAUCUGAUCUGUCUCAUGAUGUUAGACAUAUGAGAUCGUCAAGUAGGCGGAAUGAAGAACUCUCCCCAACUAGCAGUAUCAUCACUGAACCAAUACGACUACCAGCGGGAGGGAUGACAAUGUCCGAUGAGAUGGAUCUUCUUGUCGAGCAAGUCAAAAUGCUUGCUGGAGAUAUCGCUUUCAGUACCAGCACUCUGAAACGCUUAAUGGAGCAGUCUGUAAAUGAUCCUGAAAGCUCCAAAAUACAGAUUGAGAACUUAGAGCAAGAGAUCCAAGCAAAAAGGAAGCAAAUGAGCAUUUUAGAGCAAAGAAUAAUUGAGAGUGGUGAAUCUUCCGUAGCUAACUCAUCUCUGAUUGAAAUGCAGCAGACAAUCUCAAGAUUAAUGACGCAGUGUGAUGAAAAGGCCUUUGAGCUAGAGAUAAAAUCGGCAGACAACCGUGUCCUUCAAGAACAGUUAGAUAAUAAGUGUUCUGAAAAUAGAGAAUUGCAGGAAAAGGUGAAGCUGCUAGAACAGCAACUUGCAGCAGUCCCAAUUGGUACCUCGUUAAUGCUUGCUGAUCAGUGUACAUUUGGAGAACACAUUGAUGAGCUGAAAAGGAAAAUACAAUUCCAGGAGAUUGAAAACGAAAAGCUGAAGCUCGAACAGGUUCAAUUAUCAGAAGAGAACAGCGGGUUGCAUGUUCAGAAUCAGAAACUCUCUGAAGAGGCUUCUUAUGCCAAAGAACUGGCUUCUGCUGCUGCUGUGGAGUUGAAAAAUUUAGCUGGGGAAGUUACCAAACUUUCAUUGCAGAACGCAAAAUUGGAAAAGGAAUUGAUUGCUGCACGAGACCAGGCUAACACUCGAAAUUCUGUUGUACAAACAGUUAAUGGUGUUGGCCGCAAAUACAAUGAUGCUAGAUCUGGGAGGAAGGGGAGAAUUUCUGGCCGUGCUAAUGAAAAUUUCGGAGUUGGUAUGGAUGAGUUUGAGUCAUGGAAUCUUGACGCUAAUGAUCUGAGGAUGGAACUGCAAGCUAGGAGACAGCGAGAGGCAGCUCUUGAGGCUGCAUUAUCUGAGAAGGAAUUUCUGGAAGACGAAUACAGGAAAAAGGUUGAAGAGGCCAAAAAAAGAGAAGCCUCGCUGGAGAAUGAUUUAGCAAAUAUGUGGGUUCUUGUGGCUAAGUUAAAGAAAGAAGGGAAUGCCACGCCGGAAUCAAACAAUGAUACAAAAAAAUGUGAUGAGGACGUUCAAGUAGACGAUCUGAAAACUAAUGACAUUGAAAGUAGUAUUGUCCCCAAGGAGCAGGUUUUAGAUAUAUCAAUACAAGAAAAUGAAAUAACCAAUGAAGACCCUUUGGUUGUUCGUCUUAAGGCACGCAUGCAAGAGAUGAGGGAAAAAGAAUUCAGGCAUCUUGGCAAUGGAGAUACAAAUUCCCAUGUUUGUAAAGUAUGUUUUGAGUCGUCAACCGCAGCAAUUCUUCUUCCAUGCCGGCAUUUUUGUCUGUGUAAAUCUUGUUCACUCGCUUGUUCUGAAUGUCCAAUAUGCCGCACAAAUAUUGCAGAUAGGCUUUUUGCUUUUACUUCUUGACUCUUUAAAUAAAGGAUUUUAUCUCAUUGAACUAAUAUAUCUUCGCGGCCACAGGUGCAAUUCUUUCAUCAGAAUUUUUGUAUGUAAAACUGUUUGAAAGGUAUGUGGAUAAUGUCUUUUUACUCUACCCUGGAAAUUGUAUAAUAGGGGAGACCAAAGGGUGGGAAAAAGGAAUGUAAAAGGGAAAUGGAAAGGGUGUAAACAACACUGCUGAAGUACAUCUGCACAUAGUCUAUCUAUUCUUUAUGUAAUACAGCAGAUUUUCUGUUGUAUAUCCUGUGUCUUUUCCAGAGUAUAACAACUCGGUUUCCUAUUUUUCCCCUUAAGAUAUUUGGGGUGUUUUAACAAAAAUCUUGUGAUACAGGGUUUUGACUUUA